GGUUAUAAAAUUGAACGAAUUUUCGCGGGAAAAUAAACUUCAUUUUACGUCUGCAUAUUUUAACAUUAUUCUUAUUAUUUACAAUAGAAGAUUAGUUUUAUUAAGAUAAUCAUUAAAAUGAAGUAUAGAAUAAAUGAAUUUGAUAGGAAAAUGAAUUUAACAUUGAAUAUACUAAUGAUUAUGAUGAUGAUAAGGAAUAAUGAUUCAACAUUAAUUAAGCAUAAAACAUUAAUAAAUAAAAUAGAUGGUAGUAAUAUGGAAAUUGUAUGUAUAUUGGAUCAUGAUAAUUAUUGUACAGAACAUCAUGUGGGAUUUUUAUUUCAUGAUGGUUGCCGUAAAUGUAUGUGUAAAAUAGAUGGAGCUUAUUGUACAAGUAAAGGAUGUAUGUAUUAUCAAUUAACUGAAACAAAUCCUGAAGAUUAUUGUAGAAAAUUAGUUGAAAUGAAUGAAAAUGGUACUAGUACCCUAUCUGAAAAUAAUAGAAAUGAAAGUUCUAUUAAUUAUAAUAUGACUUAUAUACAUAAACCGGGUAAUGAAACAGAUGAUGAAGCUAAUAAUAAUAAUAAUAAUGAGGAUGAGAAGGAGGAGAAUAAUCAAAACAGAAAAAUCAAUAAAUUAAUUAACAUAUCAGAGGAAACGAAUGAAAAUGUAACCAUAUCUCCAUUACCCACUGAAGAAAAUGUUUUCACGGACAAUGAUACUGAAAAGAUGAAUUUCCGUCAGAUCGUAAAUAACACACCUAAACUGAACGAAGAAGUCGAAGAACAACUGUCUUCAGUUGAUAUCCAUCGUCAUAACAAAACAAUAAAUGAAUCACUUCAGGUAACAAUUAAAAAUAUCGAAAAUAAUUCUGUUUCUUUACCGAUUACCAAAAAUAAUGUUACCGUAAAGAAAGAUAAUCCAUCUUUAAACGUUGAUAAGGCAAUACAUCAUAAAGUAGCAAAUCAAACUCAUAAACUGCCUAUUUUGACGAAAGAUCAACGUCAAAUUCAAAAUGAUACCAAUUCUAGUUUAUUCGAAGAUGAACAUUAUUCAGCAGAUUAUGAUAAUGAAAUAGAACUCGAAAGAAAUAAUACCUCCUUACCAAUAAAGAAUGAGAAUGAUUCCAUUUCAACAAAAAAAUCUAAUAAUGAUGACAGUACUAAAAAAGAAAUUAAAUUACCUUUAGUUGAUGAGACUAUGCAAAAUGACGAAACUUCAAAUCAAAGUGAUGAAGAAAUAAUCAUAAAAAAUAUUAAUCCAGUAAUGAAUCAAUUAAGUGAAACAUUGAACUCAGAAAAUCCUGAUUCAUUUAUAACGCCUGCUGAGAAAAUUGUUAAUAAAGACCUAAUAAAUGUAGUGAUGGACAAUAAAAAUGUGACAAACAAUCAUUCAAAUCAUGCUCAAGAUCGUAACGCUGAAACGAAUGAAAAACAUCAAAAUGUCAAGCAAAAUGUUGCCGCAGAAAAAGAUAUAAUACAAAAUAAGGAAAAGGAGAAUAAUAACAUCAAUGAAAGUUCAUCCAAUAAACAACCUGUCAAUACGACUGAUGCUAAACAACUGCAUCACAAUGUCUCAACUAUAAAUAAAGAGAAACAUAAGCAACAAUCUAAUGCAUCCACGCAAGACGAUUCCAACAAUUGGGUUUCUAGAGAAAUUACUGUUAGUAGUAGAACAGUAAAACUUCCAAAUGAAAAGUCAAUGAAAAAUAUGCAUGAAAUGUUUCCUCAUGGAGGCUUACCAUUUCUUGAAGUUGAAGAAAAAGAUACUCAAAGUUAUGAUGAUACAAUACAUGGUAAACAUUCUCCAUCUAAAAGUCCUUUAAAAUCUGUAUCUUUUACUACUAAUAAUCAUCAUAAUGAUCAACUAAUAGGAAGACUUGAAGAAUUACUUAGAAUGAUCACUGAUAUAAAACAUUACUUGGAAAUGUUAAAACCAUGCUUACCACAACCACAACCAAGACAUCCUAUGAUAAAAAUGCCGUUCCAGUCAAAACUACCACCUAAACACAAAUUACUUGCUUUUUAACUUCAAUUCUUAGAAAAAAGGUUCAUAUACUACUUAAAUCUCUUGAUUAUUAUUAUACUCACUACUCAUAACUGAAUGGAGAUUGAUUUCUUAAACUUAAUAUUAACAACCAAUAAAAGUAAAAUAGAAAUAAUUUCCGAUUUCUUUUCA